UCAUAUUUUUUUUACAAAUAAAUACAAGGAACUAUUUAUCCGAUGAAUGAGUUUUAAGUUACCUCAUCGUUUAUUCGUCUGCCUGUUUGUUUAUGAUAAGAGAUUUGUACUAGUUGUAGCAGUAUUUGCCUUAAAAAUAUAUUUUCACAUAGGUACUUAAUAAUUAUGGCAAAUGACACAGAUGGAGACAAUAGUCUUUCAAAGUUAAAUGUUGUUAACAAAAUAGAUCCUACAGAAUUUGAUGUUACCAUUGGUUCUUUGCUAAUAGGAUUGGGAGCUGAAAAGUAUAUUGAUAUAUUUCGAAAGAAAAAUAUUGGACAAUCCACUUUGAUUGAAUUGACUGAUGAAGACUUAUCAAAACUUGGAGUAGAUGAUGCUGCUAUCAGAGAAAAGCUUUUAGAAAUUGUUAAAGAUUUACCAAUUUAUGAAGAAUGUCAUGAUGUAUUAUUGUCAAGGAAGAGUAUUAACUUAAAUCCAAUGGAAAUUGUGGAUAUCUUAGAAGCGAGUUCUCAACAUUUGUAUAGAAUAUAUUUAAGUAUGUUGGCAAACACAUUGGCACUGAAAAAAACAAAGAAAAUUCAGGAUUGCUUAGUUUACAGAGAGAAAUAUGCCUCAGAUAUAGCACUGACAACACUUAGUGAAAUCACAAACUUAUUGAACUCAAUGGAUAUAUCUCUACACACCCAGUUAAAGACUUUAACCAAGGAAUCGUCAAACAACUUGAAGAGAAAGAAAGUAAUAGUAGGAGCUAUAGGUACUGCAGUUAUAUCUGUAUUAGCUUUAAUGUUUGUUCGUUCACUAAAGGAUUUGAAAUAGAUAGUCAGAACUUUAAGAUUAUGUAUUUAAUAAAUUUCACACCUAGCUCUGUUUUGCAACGAGUGAACAUUUUAUGGUUUUGUUAUGCAUAUAUAUAAUACAGAUGUUGAUUUUGUGGCAAACAUUUUAUACCGUUAAGCAAAUAAAAAACAAAAUAUAAAGUAA